AUGGCUUUGUCCCCCGGCGCAUGGCCGGCGAUCACUGCAAUCUUGCUGGUGCACGGCCUGUUCGCCGCCUUCCCGGCGGUGUCGGUCGACAUGGGCGACAUGCUGAUGAUGGACAGGUUCCGCGAGUGGCAAGUCACGCACAACCGGACGUACCUGAGCAUGGAGGAGAGGGUGCAUCGCUUUCAGGUGUACCGCGACAACGUGGAGUACAUCGAUGCCACCAACCGGCGUGGUGACCUCACCUACGAGCUCGGCGAGAACGAGUUCGCCGACCUCACCCAGGACGAGUUCCUAGCUAGGUACGCAUCGUCCUACGAAGCUGCCAGCGAUGAUACGGGCAUUACUUUGCCUGUGGGCGGCGGCGACGCCGAGCUGUGGUCAUCCGGCGUCAACGAUGGUAGCUCCUUGGAGGCUCCGCCUCCCAGCUGGGACUGGAGAUCCAAGGGCGCCGUCACACCGGUCAAGUCCCAAGGCGCAGGAUGCGCUAGCUGCUGGGCGUUCGUGACGGUUGCUACGAUCGAGACUCUGAACUGGAUCAGGACGGGGAAGCUGGUGCCUCUCUCGGAGCAGCAGCUGGUGGACUGUGACCAGUACGACGGCGGGGGCAACCGCGGGGCCUUC